AAAAGACUAUUCAUUGCGUUUUUGAAUGCUCUCGGCAAGUAAUCAAGUCGAAACGUCAAGGGAAACAUAACAUGAAGUUGAGAUAUUAAGCCCUAAUCAACAACCCAGCCUCAACAACACUCCAUUUCUGUCGUAAACAACCUCUGGAAAUGGCAGCUAAGAUCCGCAGAGUAGCCGUUAUCGGCGCCGGUCCCUCAGGUGCAAUUGCAACAGAUGCACUAAUUAAGGAACAGGCCUUUGACACUGUCCGAGUCUUUGAUCGGCGAGCCGAGCCAGGUGGCACCUGUUGCGAACCGACCUCACUAACCCCUAGGUGGACCCACACCUACUUUUACCCCUCACUUUUAAAUAUACAUGAUAAUACAUUAAUUUAGAAUAUUAUCUUGUUAGCAACUACUACC